AUGGAGUUCAAUGGAGAACCUGAUUAUGGUGAAAGACCCGAAGAACAUAAACUGAAAGAACAGAUUGAACAGCUACAAACACAGAAGAUAAAGGUUGAAAAUGAGAUAAAGCAGAACAAAUUAUUAAAAGACAAACAAAGAAAAGAAAUGGAAAGGAAAAGGCUUGAAGAGUUAAAGAUAAAACAGGAGAUGGAAAGGAAAAAGGAAGAAAGGUUAAGAAAACUGAAAGCUGAAAAGGAUAGGUUAGCAAAGGAAUUGAAUCAACAAGAGAAUACUCUUCGUAGUCUGAAGGAAGAAACCGAGUAUGAACGAAAGAGAAAAACAGAAAGGCAAAGCAAAGAUAAGACAGAAAUUCAAGAGGUUUUGAAAGAAAAAGAUCAUUGGAAAGGGAAAUUACUGAAACCUACGAUACCCAACCUUACAGAAGAUACAUUUGACGACUGGAAAAUUGAAGUAGAAGUGAUCAUGAAUUCAGGCCUAUAUGAAGAAAGUAUGUUAAGACAAGCAGUAAGGAACUCCCUUUGUGGCCAAACAAGAAAGAUCUUACUCACAAUACCACCGUCAACUACUACAAAGGAAAUCAUAAGCAAGUUGGAAAAUGUUUAUGGCAAUGUAAGAUCAGGUGAAUCAGUGUUAGCAGAGUUUUAUAUGUGUAGACAAGGAAGAGAUGAAGGAAUAGCAGAAUGGGGAAUCAGGUUAGAAAGCAUUAUCCAAAAAGCAAUAGUGAAAGGACACAUAAAAGAAAGCCAAAAGGAAGAAAUGCUAAAAACAAGAUUUUGGAGACAGCUUUACAGUGAAGAAAUUAAGAAUGCAACAAGAAUGUAUUUUGAAACUGCACAAACAUUUGAAGAAUUGAGAAAGAAGGUAAGGGUAGAAGAGAAUGAAAUGAAAAUUGCCCGAGAUGAACCUAUGAUAGAUGAGAAAUCAUACACCAUUAAAGAACAAGCACAGACUAAGGAACAGAGGAAUGUACUAGAGGACUUAGUUGAUAGAAUGAAACAUCUAGAAACAGAAAUUAGUAAGGCGAAAAUAACAGAUAACGAGAACAGAAGUAGAUACAGAGACUACCAUAGAACAGACAGAGGAUAUAACAGAAAAGACGACACGUAUGAUAGAGAGAGGAGAUACUAUAGAAGGGAUAGAUACGACGACAGAUAUAAUAAAGAAUAUGCAAGAGAAAGAAGAAGUGACGACACAUACUACAGAGAUAAUAGAAGAAGAAACAACGAUAGAUAUAACAGAGGCAACGGAAUAGAUAGAAGAUACGGCGACAGAUAUAGUGAUUAUAGAGAAAGGAGAAGAUACAGCCCACGAGAUAGGAGAAAUGAUAGAACUGAUUAUUUGGACCAAGACAACGAAAGAAGAUACUACAGAGAUUACAGGCAAACAAGUGAGAAAGAAAAUAGAGAUAGAAGACGACUAGACAAUGAAAGAGAACACAAAUAUUAUGAGGAUAACAGAUCACCAAGUCAUCGAGAUAGUGGAUACAGGAGAGAACCAGGAGAAGAAGGAGGCUAUAGAUAUAACAGAGAAGAAAGAAGACAGACUACAAACAAUGAAGACAAAAGUAAUAGUAAUGUAAAUGCUGAAAGGAAAGAUAGGGAUAAUAGAGAAGAAAAACACAGGAAUUAUGAGAAACAGGAUAAGAAGAGUUCUUUAAACUCAAGGACGUCUCUGUCGGGGAGCAGAUAG